UUCUCUCUCAAAUUUUAAAAAAUUAAAUGAAUUUUACAAUAUUGAAAUAAAAAUGGUAAUUUUGUUAGUUUUUAUAAUAAUAGCUUUACAUUUAAUUUCAAAAGACCAUAUUUAGUAGUAUUCAAAGAUAUAGUUUAAAAAUUAGACGUUUUUGGAUUUGUUGCUUAGCAUUAACUGGUAUUCUUUUAGAAUUAAAUAUUAUUGUACUAGAAUUUUUAAUGAGAUAAAUACUGGAUAGGUUAAGAUAAGGCAAGAGGAUGUCUUUGGGAGGAGUACAUAUAAUGCAAAUUCAAAUUUCUGGGAAAUAUAAAAAAAAAUUCUUUCCUGCAAACUAAAAUUUCCCCAAUAGUUUUUUGAAUUAUUUAAAAUAGCAAGAUACUUAUUUUUCUUUUAAAAUCUUUAACUUUAUUGAUAUAUAAGUAACUUUUUAAUGCUCAACUUUCCAACUUUUUAAGAUACCAAAGACAUCCCUCUUAAACAGUUUUCCUUCUUUAACUCCUUGAAACUAAACACAGUUCAGUUAUUUGAUUAGUGGAUGCUAGAAUUUGACCUAGAGCUUAUGUAAUUAGAAGAGACACUAGUUUUAGCUCAGUUAAAAGCCUCGUUAGCAUAUGACAGUCUCCUUUCUGGGGAAGUCAAGCCUCUCUACUGCUGCUUUUUGUAACCUUAAAGUUAAUUCAGAAUCCAGAGAAGCCUUGAUCCCAGGAUGAUAUAACCACAGCAAGCAUCAUGGGACCCUCUAGAGAAAUCAGGAAGCCUUCACAAAACACGGUGUGAUGUCUACUGGUGGAGGCAGGCCAUGAGGUCCAGGGAAGAGGAGAUGGCUUGAUCCAGGGACAAUGAAGAUGCAAUGUUGAAGAAUAAGUUGGAGGAGAGAAGCAACAGGCACCAUGGAAAAAAACAAAACAAAGCAAGGAGAGAAUGAACAUAUGCCGAUGAAUAAUCCUUCCACACAAAUUUACCAGUUGCAGGCCCUGGCCUCUGAACUCAAAACUGGUUUCACAGAAGCAAUGCAAGAACUGUCAAGAAUUCAACAUGGAGAAUAUGCUGUGGAAGAAAAGGUUAAGACCUGCAAAUGUUCCAUGGAAGAAAAAGUUACUGAGAUGAAGAAUUCAUUAAACUAUUUCAAAGAAGAACUGAGCAAUGCCAUGUCAAUGAUCCAGGCAAUCACUUCCAAACAAGAAGAGAUGCAACAGAAAAUUGAACAGCUUCAACAGGAGAAGCGAAGAGAAUCUCGAAAAGUGAAAGCCAAGAAAACUCAGAAAGAAGAGCAUGGCUCACAGGCUGGGCCUGCUCAAGCACAAGGAAGUCCUUUCCGUUCAAUCAAUAUCCCUGAGCCUGUUCUUCCAAGUGAAGACUUCACAAACCUUAUGCCUUCGCAGGCCUAUGAAAAAGCUCAAGAGUCCAGAUCCAUGCAUAUAGGAGAUAGUAAUGUGAAGGGAAUGAUGGGUCCUGGAAUGAACCCAACAACUCCAGAAACAGAAGAAAACCUCAAGCCUUGCCUCACAGCUGACAUCCAGUCGAAGGGCCAUGUGCCAUCUGGUGUGUGGAGGCAGCCGAAGGACGGGAAAGAAUGGGGCGAGGAAUAUGUCACAAAAGACCACCCAGAUAAACUCAAGGAAGUUGGCCAGGGCAGACAUGGUUCCUUCGAAAAUAUUUUAUGUGAAACUUCUUUAGCUGCUAAAAGACAAACUGUGGCUCUGGAACUGCUUGAGUCAGAAAGAAAAUAUGUCAUUAACAUCUCUCUGAUCCUGAAGAUCAAGGCAACAUUCCAGGGGUCAGAUGGAAAGAGGAAUUCCAAAGAGAGAAGCCUCUUCCCUGGCUCUUUACGGUACCUUGUCCAGCAGCACCUAGAUUUGCUUCAUGCUCUACAGGAAAGGGUCCUGAAAUGGCCACGCCAAGGAGUUCUUGGAGAUUUAUUCCUGAAAUUAACAAAUGAUGAGAAUAAUUUCUUGGAUUACUAUGUUGCCUAUCUGAGGGACCUGCCUGAAUGCAUCUCUCUGGUUCACGUUGUGGUUCUGAAGGAGGGCGAUGAAGAGAUUAAAUCCGACAUCUAUACACUGUUUUUUCAUAUAGUCCAGCGCAUCCCUGAAUAUCUGAUACAUCUGCAGAACGUCCUGAAGUUCACAGAGCAGGAACACCCUGACUAUUACCUACUUCUGGUGUGUGUUCAGCGCCUUCGAGUAUUUAUCUCACACUACACCCUGCUGUUUCAAUGCAAUGAGGAUUUGCUUAUUCAGAAACGGAAAAAGCUCAAGAAGUCAUCCAUGGCGAAGCUGUAUAAAGGGCUGGCUUCCCAGUGUGCCAAUGCUGGGCAAGACACUUCCCCCGCCGCAGGCCCUGAGGCUGUCCGUGACAGUGGGAUCCACUCAGAAGAGGUGCUGCAACCCUACUCUUCUGCUCCAGGUUCCGGCCCUGCUAUCGCGCAUCUGAUGCCCCCCAUGAAGAAGAGCCAGCAGCAGCAGAGCCUGAUGGACGGCAUGCAGGCCGGGAAGCCGGGCGGCGGCGGCGGCGGCGACUGGGAGCUGGAGGGCCGGAAGCACGAGCGGCCCGAGAGCCUGCAGUUCUGCCCGGCCGAGCAGGAGGUGAAGGCGCUCUCGGGGCCCCUGCAGUCCAUCCCGGAGAUGGACUUCGAGCCCGCGCCCGCCGAGCCCUCGCUGGGGAACGACGGCCGCGGCUUCGUGCCCUCGUCGGCCUACGAGGAGUUCGAGUACGGCGGCGAGAUCUUCGCGCUGCCCGCCGCCGCCCCGCCCUACGACGAGGAGCCCUUCCACUCGCCGGCGCUCUUCGAGACCUGCUCGCCAGCCUCCUCCGAGUCCAGCCUGGACAUCUGCUUCCUGCGGCCCGUCAGCUUCGCCAUGGAGGCCGAGCGGCCGGAGCACGCGCUGCAGCCGCUGCCCAAGAGCGCCACGUCGCCGGCGGCGAGCAGCAGCGGCGCCUACAAGCUGGAGGCGGCGGCGCAGGCGCACGCGCAGGCGCAGCACGGCAAGGCCAAGCCGCUGAGCCGCUCGCUCAAGGAGUUCCCGCGCACGCCGCCGGCCGACGGCGUGGCCCCGCGCCUCUACUCCACGCGCAGCAGCAGCGGCGGCCGCGCGCCGCUCAAGGCCGAGCGCGCCGCCGCGCAGGCGCACGGCGCGGCCGCCGCCGCCGCCGCCGCCGCGGCCGCCGCGGCCGCCGCCUCCCGCGGCGCGCCCAGGACCUACUUCCCCCAGCAGAGGUCCCAGAGCGAAAAGCAGACCUAUUUGGAAGUAAGGAGGGAGAUGCAUUUAGAAGACGCCACCAGAUUCUGUCCAAAAGAUGAAAGAGAAAGUGAACAAACAUCUUUCAGCGAUCAAAACCCCAGGCAAGACCAGAAAGGGGGCUUUCGCAGCUCCUUCCGCAAGCUCUUUAAAAAGAAAAAUGGGAACGCAUCUGGUGAAGAUUUCUGUGGUCCUUGGGGCUGGUGGUGACAUCAAAGCUUUCCCAUUUCCAGGUAAACACUCAAUAGUUGCAUGUUGGAACCAAAUAUGACAUGUUGGGUUUCGGAGAGAUCAGAUGUAGUCAAGGGGAAAUGUGAGGUAGAGAUUGCAAGCUUUGACUAAUGACUUUCUGAUGAGAAGCUGCCACGUAGGAGAACAAUUCAAGAAAAAAACAAACAAACAAAAAAACACCAGCCAGAUUCAAAUCUUGCUUUCUACUUUCCGCCCCUAAAACUUAUAGGCAUUCCCUAGUCUUCUGGGUAACAGACUACAUGGGGAAAAGAAUGAAAUGGUCAGUAUCUUCCUAACAACUUGAACUGGAGGCAGGUGGGAGUUCUGAGAGGAGAGAGAAGGCCAAGAGUUCUGUCAGGGUGGGCUUGUGGAGGCUGUUGCAAGGGAGAAUUGCAAGGGGGCUCCUGGAAAGGAGGAGGACUCUCACCCCACCCAGAUGUCACUGUAUCUGAUGACUGCCCAGAUGCACUUGGGUUGAGAGAUAGACCAGUUUUCCUUCUAUGCAUUGGGAUGUACUGGAAAGACCAGGGGUAGAAAGCAUGCUGGGCAGCUGUGGCCUCAUCUGCGAUACCAACUAUCAGGGUGGAAAGUAAAACUAUGCAGUCAGUCAUCAGGUUUCCAGACAUUUGGAUUUUACUCUGUGUGUGGAUCUAACUUCCUUCCUUUAAUAAAGUAAAAAGGAUGUUUGAAUUCUGCCCAGUAAUUUCAGUAAGUAAUAGUCAUAAUUAACUUACCUAAUAACAGUGAGGAUUCCGAGUACGCCAAUGGCAGGGAAAGGACUUAUUCUUCUCUGUGGGUGGUGGAAGCAUGCCUGACUCUGCCUCCACAUACGGAGAACUUAUUUAGUUGUGUAGGAGCUUUGGACAAAGAACUUCAUGUCUAACGUCACUUUCAUACAUCCUACAUGAGGUCUUUAAGAUACUGGUUUCUAGUCGCUGGGAUAGUUUUACCUAUUCUAGCUCAGAGUUUAAGCUAGCCGAAGGGCCCCAGCCUAGCUUAUCAGAGGUAUUUCCAGAAAGCCUCCUUCCUCCAGGGACUUCUGACUUGAGAACAAACUGGAGAAGGUACAGAGCUGGAAUGGAUUACCCAACUGGCUUAACCAAGAUAAAGGAAGAAUGCACCCUGGACUGGGGAUUCAAUUGGACUGAUCUGAGUUGUUGACUAUUUAUUGGGCUUGGUCUCCUUCGUGGUGGUUGAGAUUACAGAAUCUCCUCAAUCUGAUUACUGUACCAAUUUCUGCAUUCUACCAAAUGUAGCAUAUGUGUGUGGUUGGUUUCAAUAAAUCUCUCAUUCAAAAAUGAAAACCAGUAAAAGCAAGAGUUUGUAAUGUAAUGCCCAAGUUCAGUAAAGACCCUUGAUAACCUUGGUUGAGAACAAUGAAUUCCAUUCAUUUUAAUUUAAGGGCCUUACUUGUU